UGUGGAAAAGAAAAAAGAGAAAAAAUGAAGUAUGUAUUUUUAAUAUUUUUCAUGAAUUUAUUACCGCAAUAUGCUGGGAAAUCUUUGAGAAGAGAUGACAGUUACCCAAAAACAUUUGAAGAUAUUAAAAAUGAGGUAGCUGGCUAUACCGAUGUUGCUAAAGCGAUUAUUGAUCUUGCUGUUCAUGGAAAAGCUCAGAACAGAUCCUAUGAAAGAUUAGCAGUUUUUGCUGAUACCAUAGGACCUAGACUCAGCGGUUCAAAAAAUCUUGAUGCAGCCAUCAAGUAUAUGUUCAGUGCCCUGCGGGAAGACGGGCUGGAAAAUGUGCAUCUGGAGCCUGUGAAAGUACCACACUGGGAAAGAGGAGAAGAGUUUGCAAUGAUGCUGGAACCAAGGAAUCACAGCAUUGCUAUUUUGGGGCUUGGGAGCAGUGUUGCAACUCCUCCAGAAGGAAUUACGGCGGAAGUCAUAGUGGUAGCCUCUUUUGAUGAACUGCACAAAAGGGCUCAGGAGGCCAAGGGGAAGAUUGUUGUCUACAACGAACCUUUCAUCAGUUAUGGUGAAACUGUGCGAUACAGAUCGCAGGGAGCAGUGGAAGCUGCCAAAGUUGGGGCAGUGGCAUCUCUCAUUAGAUCCAUUGCUUCUUUUUCUAUUCAUAGCCCCCAUACUGGGUGGCAGAAUUACCACCCUGAUGUGCCCCCGAUUCCCACUGCUUGUAUCUCUGUGGAAGAUGCUGAAAUGAUGUCACGAAUGUCUUUCCGGGGAACUAAGAUGGUUGUGCACCUGAAAAUGGGGGCUAAGACCUACCCAGACUCUCCUUCCUUUAACACUGUGGCAGAGAUAGUUGGAAGCAAGUACCCAGAGCAGAUUGUAUUGGUCAGUGGACAUCUGGACAGCUGGGACGUUGGGCAGGGAGCUAUGGACGACGGUGGUGGAGCAUUUAUAUCAUGGGAAGCAUUAUCACUCAUUAAGGAUCUGGGACUUCGCCCAAAAAGAACUCUGCGCUUGGUGCUGUGGACGGCAGAAGAGCAAGGAGGAAUAGGUGCUGAGCAAUACUAUCAGUUGCACAAGGAAAAUAUCUCCAACUUUGAUAUCGUCAUGGAGUCUGAUGAGGGCACCUUCAAGCCAUCUGGACUGGGUUUUACUGGCAAUGCUAAAGCUCGGGACAUCGUGAAAGAGAUCAUGUCUCUGCUGCAGCCCAUCAAUGUUACGGAUGUUUACGACAACGCAGAUGGAACGGACAUCGAUUACUGGAUGAGAGACGGGGUGCCUGGUGCCAGCUUGCGUGAUGACCUCAGUAAAUACUUCUGGUUUCAUCAUUCUCAAGGGGACACGAUGACAGUUCAGGAUCCAAACCAGAUGAAUCUCUGUGCUGCUGUUUGGACUGUUGUCUCCUAUGUAAUUGCUGACAUGGAGGAGAUGUUGCCAAGGUAAUAAAACUGCAAGAAAGAAGAUUUCUGCUCUUCAGUAAAGAUCGUGAGUCCACUAACGCAUGUGGUCUUCAGCUGUGGGAAAUUCUGUUUUCCACCCUGAUUUUAUGCAUUAUUAUGUCGGUUUUCCUCAAAGCACAUGCUCUUUUACACAUUCCUGUUUCUUUUUGCUGUUUUGAUAUCUUCAGUUUGUGAUUUUCACUUAAAAUUUCAUCUUUUAAGUACUUUUUAAAUUCCUAAUGAAAGUAUGAUACCUCUUUGACUAUGAUAUAAUAACCAUUUCUAUGCAAAGUGAUCCUGUGCAGCAGGAAAAAUAUACCAAAUAAAUUUGUUGCAUCAGAA